AUGUAUAACCGAGGUAAACAUUAUGUCACACUGCUCAACCCUUCUAUCAGGUUCAAAUCCAAUAAAUCACCAGCAGCUGCUGAUGCUGAUUUUGCUUUGCAUUUUGGCAUGAUUAGGCAAUAUGGCUUUGGAUAUGAUCAACUUCAUGACAAGUACAAAGUACUAGUUGUUAUGCGAAAUUCAACUCAUGUUUUAACCAAACUUUAUACCUUUGGUCAUGAUUCAUGGAAAACCAUUCACAAUUUCAACCUUACACCCAUUCACUUCUUAGGGAUAUUUGUGAGUGGCACUCUUAACUGGAUAGUUCAGAAAGAAUGUGUUUAUGUGAUUCUUUCCUUUGAUUUAGAGAAGGAGAAUUCCAAGGAAAUCUUGUUGCCUCAACAAGAUGAUGAUGAUGAUGUCAAGCUGACUGAACAUACUUUAUAUGUUUUGAAUAAUUGCCUUGGUGUGUCUUAUGAGACUAACAAAACUCAUUGGGUUGCAUGGUUGAUGAAAGAAUACGGAGUUGUUGACUCAUGGACCAAAAUCAUGAUCAUCCCUUACGACAAGCUCAACAAGCAACCUUGUUUUCCCCUUUUCAUUUCACAAAAUGGUAUUGUUCUUCUAAUGAAAAAAUGGACUUCACAAUUUUUCCUAUAUAACAUAAAUACUGGUCACUGGAUUAAUUCAACGGAAACUACCGGAACUCUAAGGGUCAAUCUACAUAUUUAUUGUGAGAGUCUUGUAUCAGUGCCAUGGUAA